AUGCCCGCGGGUGUGUGCGGCUGUGUGCUGCUGGCGUGCUACGUUGCUACUGUUUUGACGUUGCACGGCCUUGCGGUCCUCCAGGGGUGGCUCGCACCUGUGGACGCCGGAUCUGACGUGUUCCUGCGGAACGUUGACGGCCGGACUGCAAGGCAUGUCUCGCGUGGCAACCUGGCCAUCUCCAAGCUGUUGCGGAAGGCGGAGGACGAAUGGUUGUGGUACCGAAUACAUCAAGGCUUUGCUGACAUGAAGGAGACCGUCAAGCCUCUGGGAGAUGUCAGUGCAGCCGCCGAGCCAUCACCAGACGUUACGGUCUCUUCGCCGCACAGUGGGCCCAUCAAGAAGCGGGACACCGAGGAGCUGCUGGAGACCUUCAGGGUGGACGAUGACGAAGACGAUCCCAUAGAGGAGAUCGCCAAGAACAUUGAAGGCCCUGCAAAGAAAGGCCCCAGCUCGGUUGCACCACAAGGUCCGCCCGACCCGGGCAGAGCUCCGGCGCCGCAGCUGAGGACGGCUUCCAGGCCAAAGAUGCAGCGGAUCACGGAGAAGUGCCAAGACUCCUACUUCUCUCGGGAAGAGCUCCACGCACUCCAGUCCCUAAACUUCGCCAAGCCUGCUGGUGAAGGAACGCAAGUGUUUAUCGACAGCCUCAGCAAGCUCUUGGAGAAGGGGCCAAAGCAGCGCCUCCCAUACCUUCUGUCCAAAGCAUGGGUCAAGGAGCUCAUACCGGAAGUCCUGGACAACGAGAAGUACCACCACAUCCUCCUGAGCCCAGACCUGGUCUGCAAUGAGGACUUCCUCAGGCUGAUGGUGAGCAACCUGCCGCAAGACAGGCUGACCGUUCUCGGGAAGAUGCGCAACAACGACCAGGACACGCUGCUGCACAUCCUGUGCAAAGGCAUACAUGCAGUCAGCCCCGGUGCUGACAUCCUCUCCUUCCUGCUUUCGGCCUGCCCCAAGGACACCUUCGAUCUCGAGGCCCGAGACAUGCGAGGGCAGACCUCCCUCCAUCUUGCGGCUCAGAAUGGUGAUCUGGGACUGGUGCAGGUGUUGCUGGACAACAAGUCUCAUCCCAAUUCGCAGGAGGAGACGACAGGUUGGACACCGCUGCACUUCGCAGUGUCAAAGGCUCACUACAGUGUGAUUCUGCAGCUGCUGCAGCAUGCCGAGACCGAUGUCAACCAGGUGGAUAAUUUCGAGUGGCCUCCGAUCCUUGAAGCGUGCUCCAGGCUCGACGCGAGAGCGACGGCCUUGCUAGUCAACGGCCGGGCCAACCUGGCAUUCCGGAGUCAGCAUCAGUUCGAUGUGUUGAAAGCGGUGGAUACAUCCAAGAAGGACUUGGCAGCAAAGCGCUGGAUGUCCUGCCUCGUGGUCUCAAACGGAUUCCGCUUUCAGGAGUCCUCCGUCCAGCUCACGACGGAGGACCGCGAGACGCUGCACAGGGAGCAGGCCUUCUUCAACACCCGCUCGAUCCCAGCAACGCAUCCUCCAUUCUUCGUGCCGGACCACUUGGCCCCGCGAUGCCACAGCUGCAAGGUUCUCUUCUCCGUCACUGUUCGAAGAUAUCACUGUAGAAGCUGUGGACUGGUGCUGUGUGGCAAUUGCUUCAAGUGGAGGCGGUGUAUGAAGCGCGGCCCGUCAGGGCAGGAGCCGGCAACACAGGUCAAGCGGCAAAAGGAGAUGGAUGGAGCAUCGGCCCCAUCGGUAUCCACCGAGAGGGAGCAUCUCAUGCUCAUGAAGGUGCUCCAGCCCGCGCAGGCGCCUGCGCAGAAGCUCAGCGUAGCCAAUGUCGGUGAGUUCCUGGAUGCCGAGGCAACUCGCCUAGCCCGCGAACGGGGCCUGGAGGAAGCAAUGCUCUUCAUGGCCCAGGGUUGGAGAAGAUGCGAGGAGGGUGGUACGGUGCCCUCCACGUGGGAUGGCAUCGCACCUUUCCAGGAGGCCGUCCUGACGGCGUCCCUGGCACAGCUCCUAGCCGCCUCUUCCGAGCAAAAGGUGGCCUUGAUCCUAGCUCUGAUGAAUGGCCGCGUGCCAGUGAGGCUCCUGAACGAGCUUCUGGUUGCGGCGGCCGAGGAUGAAGCUGUUCCCGCAGCACUCGUGUCAAAGCUCGCCGAGCAGCUCAGAGGUCGGACUUUGAACGACCUUCGCAGCCAGCAGUUCAGUCAGCUGAUCCACGUGUUGAGAGCCAGAAAAGAUAAGAAGGAUAGCAAGUACAUCAGCGCCCUGGUGGGCGCACCCCUCAAGGAGGCGAUUUGGAAGCCUCCCUUCGAGCCCAAGUUUGUCUGGAGAGGCCGCAAGAAGGAGGUCAUCGCCAAACAGAUGGACGGCCUCUUCCUUCAGGAGAAUACUCUGCUUGGUUGGGCACUGUCCCCAGCUGCGCUGGACGGCGCGCUGAUGCCACCGUCGAAAGCGCAUCUCACAGAGGCGGGCUCCAAAGAGUGGGAAGGCCUGGGGCGCGCGACGCGUGGGCGGAUCGAGGGACUGCAGAAAGGCUUGCAGACCAAGCUCACGAGUUCGCAAGACCAGGCCGCCGAAUUCGUUGAUAUCCUUCUCAGAGCCGGGGACGAGCCACGCAUGGCCGUGCUCGAGUGGCUCGGAGCACUGAUCACGGCAGCAGAGCCUCGAGGUCGGCAAGGUCAGCCGGCACCAGAGGGGUUUAACUUCUGGCCCCAGUAUGGCAAUCACGUGAUUGACUACAUGCAGCAGCUGGACCCUGGCUCUUUUGAGAAGUCCUUGAAGAAUUUGCUUCUUCUGCAGGCUAUUCAUGCACGUCUUCAAGGUUUCCCAACGAGCGGUAUGGCCUUGAACACAUUCACGCUGCUACUGCACUUGAUCAAGCCCAUCAAGUCAGAGCACGCCUCCACCAUCUCGGUCUUCUUCCCAUUGCGAGAAGACGUCCCGCAGCUGCUUGGAAACUUCAAAAAGGAGGCUCGCUUUGGGGAGAAGGAGCAGGUCGAGGCGGCGUCGGAGAGGGCGAAAUCGGAGCCAACGUACACAGCCGCCCUGAGCGACAAGACCCUCUUCAAGUCCGAGAUCUUCUGGCUUGCCACGAAGGGAAUUGGGUCGCUGCUCAUGCCCGUGGCAAAGGAGGCAUUCCACGCAUGGCAGGGCAUUGCGUCGGUCUUCUACGACAAGGACCGCCAAAUUGCGGACACUGCCUGGCGUGAGUACCUGCUGUCCGAGGCUUCCCUCAAGGAGCCGAGAUUCCUGGAACGCCUCGGCCAUCUCGUAGACCUGACCUUCAGAUUUCUGCAGACCGCGGCUGCGGGAGAUCAUCAGGCGCUCCCUCCCCCUCAGCCGGGUCCUACUUGGCACGUGGUGCCGAGUUCCGUUCUGGAAAACGUCAUCGAGCUUUGUGACUUGUACCGUGACCGCGACAGGAGCAAAUCUGGUGGUAUACCAACGGGGCUGUUCGUGCACCUGGAUCCUGAUCCAGUCCUGACGACGCUCUGCGUCGUCAUGGCCUCCGAAGACCACGUCAGAGAUCCCUCCUUGCGCGGGCGAGCUGUGAAGCUGCUUCAUCGGCUUUGCAUGUCCUUCCGAUCUUGGAGGGACCGGCUAAAUGUGCCACCGCUCGACAAGCACCUCAUCCCAUGCCUGGUCAAUGUCUUCAUUGCGGUGGAGAAAGCCAUCAUGAGCUAUUACGACCUUUCGUACCGGUACAAGUAUGAGCUUCGGGUGCCCGUCAUGGACCUGUUCGAUUUGGCCUUGCAGACAGAGGGCCAUCGCCAGGUACUUGAGCAGUUCAUCAACGGUGAGGGCAACGACAGAUUCCUGAAGUUGCUGACCCAACUCAUCAAUGACAGCAACUCUCAGAUCGAGGAGGCAAUCCGAACCGUCAAGGAGUAUCACGAGAAGCAGAGGGAGAGCGCUCCGUCUGCUUCCGCCCCGCAGCGUCACGACGAGCAGGUCUUGGACGAUGACCGGACUGGGGAUGGUGACGAGGCAGAAGACAUCUAUCGUCGGAGCCGGAUGAACUACAAGGAGCAUGCCAAGAAGUACUUCGGCUUGUCGGCGAGGACCUGGAAGCAGAUGUGGCUGCUCUGCAAGCUCUGCGCUCCGACCAUUGUGGAGGGCAAGGGCACCCUGGAGCAGCUCCUGCACUCGUCGCUCGAUGCGCAGCUUCACUACUUGGUAGGCCCGGAGAUGAAGUCAAUCAAGGCUUCGCCUCAGGAGUACGACGAGCUCGGCUUCAACCCAAAGGAGCUCAUCAAGCAGAUUGUGGAGAUCUAUCUGUUCCUCGCGAAGGCCAACAAAGCAGAGGUUGUUCGCGUGGUUGGGAAAGAUGAGCGGUACUACAGUAGCAACACUUUCAGCAAAGCCACAAACUUUGUGAGGAAGUACGGCCUGCUGAGUGGCAGCGAUCUCGACGCGUUCACAGACUUCUGCAAGGAGCUUGGGGAGAAAGUGUCCCAGCACCGUGCGGCCUUCGAUGAGGCUGAGAUCCCAGAUCGCUACCUCUGCGAGAUCAUGGCAGACAUCAUGUCGGAUCCAGUGAUGUUCCCACAAAGUCGGAAGGUUGCGGACAGGACCUCGGCUCUUCGGAUCAUCAUGAGUGGGGACAAGGAUCCAUUCGCAAACACACCGCUCAAGGUGGAGGACCUGAUCCCUCAGACGGAGUUGAAAGAAGAGAUACAUAGAUUUGCGAAAGACAAGGGCAUCGCGUUGGAAGGCGGCAACAUGUUCGACUGA